UGACUUGGUAAAUGUGACAAGACUCUUGUUGCCAACAAAGUACAUAGCUAAUAUUGGCUAGUUCUAUGUUUGCUUACGACGAUCUGAAAUAGCUAGCUAGCUAAACAAGAAAGAAUGGAGAACCGUCAUGGAUUUUUCUUGCUCCUGGCGAUUUGGAUUCUGCAAUCGGCAUCGUUGCCGGUCGAAGGUGUUCCGCUCCCAUUCUCAGAUGCAGGAGCGACGCAGGACGAGGUGCACAUCUCUCUUGACCUUCCCACCGUCUUGUCCCUGUCCGUUCUCUUGGCCCUGGUGUUCCUGCUGGUCAACUGCACGACCUGCUGCAAGGAGCGAGAGAUCGACUUCAAGGAGUUUGAGGACAACUUCCAGGAUGAGAUGGAUUUCACGCCCCCGGCGGAGGACACGCCCCCUACACAGUGCCCCUCCGAGGUGUACACCCUGGCUGUGCCCCCCGUGGCCCUGCCAGGACCUCCCCGCCUGCAGCCUCCAGGGGUUGCAGAGGGAUUCACUGCCUCACAGGUGACCAGACAGAGCCUGAGCUACAUCCAGGAAAUUGGCAACGGCUGGUUUGGCAAGGUCCUGCUCAGCGAGAUGUAUGUGGACGCGGACAUGGGGGCAACCAGGGUGGUGGUGAAGGAGCUGAAGGCCAGCGCUGGCGCCAAGGAACAGAACGACUUCCUCCAGCAAGCUGAUGCUUAUCGGGUUCUGCAGCACCCCAACCUCCUGCAGUGCCUGGGUCAGUGUGUGGAGGCUAUUCCUUUCCUGCUGGUAUUCGAGUACUGUGAGCUGGGGGACCUCAGGACCUGUCUCGCACAGCAGGACUGGAUGCUGCGGAAUACAGAGCUGCUGCAGAUUCAGAAGAUGGCCUGCGAGAUCGCCGCCGGCCUCACACACCUCCACAAACACAACUUCCUCCACAGUGACCUGGCUCUGCGAAACUGCUUUCUGACCACGGACCUAACCGUCAAAGUAGGAGAUUAUGGAAUAGGGCCCUGGAGGUACAAGGAGGAUUACAUCACCACAGAGGCGGAGCCAGCAGUGCCUCUGCGCUGGAUGGCCCCUGAGCUGAUUAGUGAGCUGCAUGGGGAUGUGAUCACAGCAGAACAAACCAAGCCUGGCAACGUGUGGGCGCUUGGAGUCACGCUGUGGGAGCUGUUGGAGAAUGCCGCCAGGCCCUACAGUGACUUGUCAGAUCAGGAGGUGCUGGCCCAGGUGAUCAAAGAGCAGCAGGUCAGACUGUCCAAACCUCAGCUGGACCUGCCUUACUCUGACCGAUGGUACGAGGUGCUGCAGUUCUGUUGGCUACCCGCAGACAAGCGGGCAACAGCCGAGGAGGUCCACCGGCUGCUCACCUACCUCCGCAUGCAGGGCCAGCGCCAGGCCGAGGAGGACUUCGAGCAGCGCUGGGAUGCCCUUCGGCCCAACCCCUCUACCCGGCAGACCACCACAGCCCACUCCUCCUUCCCCAUCCUCGAGCGCUUCGGCGAUGACGCCCUGGGACGCGAGGUGGACGAGCUGCUGACUGUGACCGAGACGAGCCGUGGCCUGAGUUUCGAGUAUGUGUGGGAGGCAGCCAAGCAUGACCACUACGACGGCCAUGGUCGCCCGGGCGGCGACACCACGAUCAACUACCACAGCAUGUUCUUCCCCGCGUCACGGUAUGAGCCCAAGCCACUCUUCCCCCAGCCAGCAGGACAGCAGGGAGCUGACAGCGGAGUGCCUGCUGCUAGAGUCCCCGGGAUCCUCCCGGUGUUCGACGCCCACAAAACUGCCACGGGGAGCGAGUAUUACAUCCAGCUGGAGGAGCAGGCAGUGGGAGAGGGUGGAGGCCUCACAGGCCCCUCUGAAGGCCUAAAGGGUCAGCAAGCCCCUAACAACCAGCAGUAUGUGGUCCUGCAGGAUAUCGGCCUUGACGAGUCCAGCACGGACGUGGACUUCUUCCACCGCAGCGUGGACUCCAAGGACUCCUACCCUCCCGAGAGCCAGGUGUGGUCCUCCAGUGACCUUGAGAGCCCUUACCGCACCAACAUCUUCAGUGAUGGGGGUUCCAAACUGGAAGACCCCUGGAGCAGGGGCUUCCUGGAGAUGCCAGAAUUCAAUGGCAGCGUUUUCAAAAAGGCAGAGUCCUCUGAGGAAACCGACAUUCACAGCACUGGCAAGGGCUCGAGCGGGUCUUUUUUAGGGGACAGUACGGGGAUGCUGCCCCCGGAGGACAACGAGGGGGACAGUACGGACUUGAUGCAACUCCUGGACACAGAGAAACUGUCGGACAACUUCCUGUUUCUCAGGGAGAAGAGCCUGAUGAAAGAAGGGAAAAACGUGGAUCUUAGUCAGGACUCUUUGGAAGCUGAUUCAAACUGUGUUCCAGAGGCCAACCUCAGGGUAAUUCCUGAGGAAGUUGCUGAGGUUGAGCCCACAGAUCAGGCAGACCCCCCCACAGCACCCCCCACAGUUCCAGUUUCCCCAAAGGACGAGCUUUUGAACUUUCUGAGUCCUGAUUUGACAGCUUUUCUGCGGCCUUUAACAAAGAAUGAAACACUGGUGCCUUCAAAAACACUGGACACAGCAGAGAGCGGUAGCAAUGGACUUCAGAUCAAAAAUGGCCCCUCCGACAAAGAAGGCGCUCAACUUGGAUCCUCCAAAACUGGGAUCGAUUUCAUGCUCGACUCUACCUCUGAGAGCGCUGAAGUCACUGUCGGUCCAACUAAUAGCCAUCAGUCCCCCCUGCUGUGUGAAAGUGCCAAUAGAGACAUUUCGUGCAAUAAUGCCAAAAACCCUAGCCUUGUAGAGAGUCUUGGAGCUUCACGGGAAGAUGAGCUCCAUGUGGGAAUCAAAGACCCUGCAGAGCAGCAUAGCCUCUUAUCUCCCUCUGCACAUGUGAAUGAGGUUGCUUUGGAAAAUGGCCUUUCAGAAUGGCUUACGAGCAAUGGCUCAGUGAGAGACACUGUUAGAGACGCAGAAAGCAGUGUAAAAGCAGCUCCUUUUGAACCGGGGCAAUCUUCUGAUUGCACCCCGGACAAGCCCCUCGUCGAUCUGCCAAAAGGCGACGUGACUCAGGAUGCCUCUCCGCUGCUGACUCCUGACCCUCUUCUGGACCAGGCAAGCCAGGACAGUCUCCUUGACGACAGCGCCUCGACCUCCUUGUUGAUCGUGGAGCAGUCGGCUGGGACGCCAGAUUCCUUGGACUCCUUGGACAUGCACAGACUGGUGGGUCCAGAGGAGGAGCUCAGCGGCGCCGAUCCUAAGAGGCUGCAGCCGCCUUACAGAACCCCUGACAGCGGCUACGACACCGAGAACCUGGAGUCUCCCGAGUGGAACUCUCAGGCCAUCGUCAACGAAGCCUCUCCGGAGAGUGGCAUGCCGAGUGUCACGGAAGACCCAGAGUCAGUGUUAUUGGUCCCCCCGGAAAUCAUCGUGUCAGAGGCAAAGAGUGUGGUGGAGGCUGUGGAGGGUGGGGCCACCACUGCUGCCACCACCAAUCAGCCAGGUCCUGCUCCACCUGCUGCUGAUGAGCCCCUCACCAGUGCCAACCAGAGCCACCGGGAUUCGGCCUACUUCUCUGACAACGAAUCAGAGCCAGAGAAGAGGUUAGAGGAUACCAGCAGGGUGAGCUCUACCAAUGGCGCCGUCUCUAUUGUGGAGGCUAGCGGGGCUAUCGAAGGUGCAGCUGCUCUGGAUGAGGAAGUGAAGGAGCACACAUGGCUUGUGGAGCCCCACAACGGGGCUCCGGAGGUCCGGCAGGAGCCCGUGUGGCAGCUCUCUGGAGGAAACGUCGUGCCCGAGCUGGUCCUAACCACAGAGGAGGACUGGGACAAGGAAGUGCCUGUGUCCAUCGAUGGCAGCAAGGAGGUGGGAGAGCAGGGGGUGCCCCCAGGCAAGGAGCCCGGUCUGACUGAGCCCUCUGCCGUGGCGGAGGUCAGAGACAGCACGGUUCAUGCGAAGCUCGUCAGGACGCAUGCAGGCCAAGGGAACAAACUGAAAGAGCCGGAUAUGGAGGGGAAGUACCUGGGCAAGCUGGACGGUGCGGCCACGGCGGGGACCGGGCCUGAGGACGGCAUGGAGGCCGACGAGGAGGACGAGAACAGUGACGACUCAGAUGACGAGGCACGCGCCUACCACCUGCACAGCUCCAGCUCUGACAGCGAGGACGAUGCCACGCACUCGGUGCCCGUAGUCGUCAUGGACAAUGACGACGGCCGCAACCUCAAAAGCCUGCUGAAGGCCACCUCCCCACGGACCUCCACACACUCGCCUCUCGAAAAGAAGGCUGUUUGCUUUUUCGAUGAUGUCACCCUGUACCUCUUUGACCAGGAGAUUCCCACCAAGGAGCUGGGGGACCACUCAUCUGGAUCUAACAGCCAGGUGUCUGACCCAAGCACCCCAGCACCUUCCUCCAGCCUCAUGAACAGAUUCACCAACUCUGAGAGCUCCACAGACGAAGAAGGUGGGGCGUUCGAGUGGGACGAUGACUUCUCCUCUCCGGAGGCUUCCUUUGUCUCCAAGACAGCCACUGACCUUGCCGUGCCCAAGCCUAACUCUGUGGCCUCGCGGUACUUCUCGCCACCUCCACCAGGGCGCGCCACAGAGCAGACCUGGACCAGCCCCUCCACCUACUCCCGCUUCUCCAUCUCCCCUGCCAGCAUCGCCAGCUUCUCCCUCACCCACCUCACAGACUCUGAUACCGAGCAGGGAGGCAGCAGUGAAGAUGGUGAGAAGGAAUAGAGCAGACCCUACACCCCGCUGUGGCACCCACCUGCAGAGCCUUGAGAGGACCGACAGACUGGACAGUGAGGUCUGAUGGUCAUCCGUGCUUUUCCCACGGCCAGCUGGAAGGAAGUGGGUGGAUGGGGGGGGCGUGGCUCCAAUGGCGACGGCAGAGAAGAGGACUCGGAGUAGGCGGAGCCAUCUGCUCUGAUAAGCCCCGUGUGGACCCCCUGCCUCCCUGCCCACAGUCCUCACCCUGCCCCCCUCCGCCUCCCCCCUUCAUCAAACGAGAUGGAUCGGGCUGAGCCCAGAGCCCCGAGUCUAGAACUCUCACUGUUGAUUUCAAGCUUGAGUAGCACUCUCAGUCCAUAUGUUCGGAACAAGAGGAAGAUAACCCAGCUGCUUCUCCUUCCUUUUAAACGCUGCCAAUCCAGUUCCAAACGUCAGGCUUUUUUUUUUUUUUUGAUUUUGAAAGCCGCUGCUUUAAGGUUCUCAUAGGCGCUGCGGAGUCGGGGCUUGCGCUGAGCGGUGAGGACAGGUGAGAAGCGGCAGCUUCGUCCGGUCCGUCCUGCACCGCUCGCGUGUACAGGAAAAGUUCUCUCUGUGUUUGGUGGGCCGGAUUUCAACGCUCUGGACCGCAGGUUCGACACCUGUCUGCGGACUGCGAGGUUGUGUCAUGAACUUGGCUUCAGCUUGAUGGCUUGAUGGCUUGGAAAUUUGAGAAACGUCCACAUCUUAUUUACUGUAUUUUCAGUGAAUGUUUUUUUUUUAUUUUUAAUUAUUUUCCUUUUGUAUCCUCAGGGGUUAUGAACAAAGGGGUCAUGACUCGCGCACCAGUUUUGCAAGAGCUGACCAUUUUGGGGAAAGAAAAGUACAGAUUAGUACAGUGUUGCAAAUAAAGGACCAGUUUUUUUUCCCAUAAUUCACAUGUGAUAUUUAAAUUUGUAAUUACAGUCUGGAAGAAAAAGGGCAUUUCUGUUCUUUGAUGAAGUGGUAAAGAAGGAGAGUCAUUGAACUGGGUUUGAUCCUGGCUGCAUCAUCUGGCGACAAUGACUGGGAGCCCACAGCAGCAGAAAAAGAAUUGGCUUGGCUGUGUUGGGGUAGGGGUGGGGAUGCCAGCCAGGGUUCUCUUGUCACACCUCUCCUGGCACACUGGGACACACUUGGGUGCCUGUGAGUUGCUUAGAUGAGGGAGAUGGGCCCGUUUUCACUUUGGCUUUCUGGUGCA